AUGGUGCAGCUCCUCGCGUUUGCAGUCCUGCUCCAGCUUUUCCAGUUUCCCGCGCAGGCACAAUUUGAGCUGCAGUGGAUCAUGAAGGCUGUUCCCGAGCGCUGCCAGAUGCUGACAGUUCGUAGCCCAGCCGAGUGCUGCGAGGUUCUUCCUGGAAAGUCCAAAGAAUUGAUUUGGCAGCACGCCGUGUUGCCAUGUGGCGCCGCUGGUUCGGUUUGGGCCUAUCUGCGCGUGAAAGAUGCCAUUUGUUUCCCGGGCAUUGUACGUCUUGUCGUAGCUCAUUUCGUGGAUGACUCCUUCAUGAUCGAAGGUGAGUCGGUUAUCGUUUUGCUCAUUAAAGAAGUGCGUGCAGCCUUGGGGUUCCGCGUGAAGAAGGCCAAAGAGAAGCCGCCCGCAGCUACGCAAGGAAUCGACCGCAUCCGCAAGAUUCAGCUGUUGAUAGAUGGCGUACUUGAAUCUAGCCAACAGAUGGCGGCCAAUUCUCUGGUCGGUGCUAAGCGUGUGUCAGUCUUGUAUGCUGAUGCUUUCAUUACGCUGCAAGGGUGCUGGGAUGAAGCCGAUUCGCUCGGCUGUCAGCGUUUUUGUCCCAAGUCCGCGCGCUUGUACAAUUUUUUUUUGCAUGUUCAGUGCGGCGAGAGUGCUAAUCUUCGGGACCAGUUCUCCAAGCUCGUCGACGAGGUCACCGAGCGCAAGUCCACGAGCACAUGCGCGCGCUUGAGUGGCGAAGUCACACUGUUCGGUUGGCUGGAAGGGGAGAUGAGCUAUUGGGAUGUUCCACAGGGCCGUGCGCUUCUGCGCGUCUCUGCUGGUCGCCCCAUGGAAGGUUGCAAGGUGGUCCUCACGGAUCUACGGGAUCAGAAGCCUGCCGCAAGCCUGGAGCCUGCAGAGAUCGCUUUUGGAGGGCCUUUCAUUGCCCGUGGUUACCUGGGAAGGCCGGAUCUGGAUGCGAAAGCCUUUGUCAGCGACUUCACGGCCAAGCCACGCAAAAACAUCUCGUCAAGUGGAUCCUUGGCCGACUUCCGCUUUUGCCCAUGCGGACUUUGCACCCUGUCUUUCAGAUUGUGA